CAGGUUAAACAUACUGCUGGCUGGCAUGAACCCCUUGUAUUUCCAUGCAGUGAAUGUAAUUUUACACUGCCUGGUGACUCUUGUGCUGAUGUACACGUGUGACAAAGCUGUGUUCAAGGACUGUCGCCUUGCUUUUGUCACGGCGCUCUUCUUCGCUGUGCACCCCAUUCACACCGAGGCUGUAACAGGUAUAGUAGGCAGAGCAGACGUCCUGGCCUGUCUACUCUUUCUGUUGGCUUUUCUCUCCUAUAAUAGGAGUGUGGAUCAGCUUUAUGUUGGGGAACAUUUCCCUCCCACUGCCUCCCCAUUCUUUUUGCUGCUUAGUUUAUUCCUUGGGACGUGUGCAAUGCUGGUGAAAGAAACUGGAGUCACUGUGUUUGGUGUGUGCUUGGUUUAUGACUUCUUUUCCCUCUCCUACAAUGGACUCAAAUUGAGGAACGGGGCCAUUCCCCAGAGGCCCUCGCGGCCUCCCGUGCCCGCUCCGUGGGGCUCAUCGCUGUCCGGCCGGGAGAACGGGAAGCAGCAGCAGCAGCAGCAGCAUCGCUGUGCCCAGCGCGGCGCCUGGAGCUCCUGCCACCCGCCCGGGCCCCGCCAGCAGCCCAGCCUGCCUGUGCCCAGCAGGGCCAUCUGGGCCAUCCGCAGCUACCUGACUGCAAAUAACAACCAGAAUUUCUUGUAUACUGCAAGGCCUUUUUUGAAGAGAGCUGCUUUGGUGAUAAGCUACGUGAUCCUCGUGCUGUAUUUCCGCCUCUGGAUAAUGGGAGGUUCCAUGCCAAUGUUUUCAGAGCAGGACAAUCCAGCCUCAUUCUCACCAUAUUUACUGACAAGGUUUUUAACUUAUUCCUACCUUGUGGCCUUCAACGCGUGGCUGCUGCUGGCACCGAUCACCCUGUGCUACGACUGGCAGGUGGGCAGCAUCCCUUUGGUGGAGUCCAUCUGGGAUGUCAGGAACUUGGCCACGCUGUUCCUGCUGCUGGUGAUGACAUUGCUCAGCCUACACUGCAUUGCUGCAUUCAAGAAACUGGAACACAAAGAAGUUUUGGUUGGCUUGUUGUUCCUGGUUUUCCCAUUCAUCCCAGCCAGCAACCUCUUCUUCAGGGUGGGAUUUGUGGUGGCAGAGCGAGUCCUUUACAUGCCGAGUAUGGGGUACUGCAUCCUUUUUGUCCACGGUCUAAAAAAGCUGUCUACGUGGCUAAAUAAAUGGAGAAUUACUGUUCCAACCCUCUUUGCUUUGCUGCUGCUGCUCUUCUCUUGGAAGACCGUGAAACAGAAUGAGAUCUGGCUGUCACGAGAAUCCCUUUUCAGCUCAGGAGUGAAGACCCUGCCCCACAACGCCAAGGUGCACUACAACUAUGCCAAUUUCCUGAAGGACCAGGGCCGAAAUGUUGAAGCAAUCUACCACUACAAAACUGCUCUCAAGCUGUACCCUCGUCACGCAAGUGCUCUCAACAACCUGGGGACGUUGACCAAAGACGUGGUGGAGGCCAAGGACUACUACAGACGGGCCCUUCAGCUCAACCCCCAGCACAACCGAGCGCUCUUCAACCUUGGCAACCUGCUCAAGUCCCAAGGGAAGAAGGAGGAAGCUGUAAUCUUGCUGCGGGACUCCAUUAAGUACGGCCCAGAGUUUGCAGAUGCCUACUCAAGCCUGGCCUCGCUGUUGGCUGAGCAGGAACGGCUCAAGGAGGCUGAGGAGGUCUAUAAGGCUGGCAUAGAGAAUUGUCCAGAGAGCUCAGACCUGCACAACAACUACGGCGUUUUCCUGGUUGACACUGGGUCUCCUGAGAGAGCCAUGUCCCACUACAGGCAGGCCAUCCUCCUGAGCCCUGCUCACCACGUGGCCAUGGUGAACCUGGGCAGGCUUCACCGCUCCCUGGGGCAGAACAAAGAGGCUGAAGUGUGGUACAAGAGGCUCAGGUUCUGGCCAUGAUGGGGCGGACGAAGGAGGCGGAGAAGAUGACGAACCACAUCCUUAACGAGGAUGCAGAGUGCCUGGAGUGCUACCGCCUCCUGUCAGCCAUCUACAGCAAGCAGGAGCUCUAUGCCAAGGCACUUGAAGCUAUAGAAAAAGCGCUUCAGCUAAAACCAAAGGAUCCAAAAGUCAUAUCAGAGCUCUUUUUCACUAAAGGAAACCAGCUAAGAGAACAGAAUCUCCUUGACAAGGCUUUCGAGAGCUACAAACGGGCUGUGGAGCUCAAUCCAGACCAGGCACAGGCCUGGAUGAAUAUGGGAGGCAUUGAGCACAUCAAGGGGAGCUACAUCACUGCCCGUGACUACUACGAGAAAGCCUUGCAGCUGGUUCCAAACAGCAAGCUGCUGAAGGAGAAUCUGGCCAAGCUGGAUCGCUUGGAGAAACGGUUUCAAGAAGUCCAGGAGAAAGACCAAACAUAGCAAUGAGUCACCAGCAGGAGGACACUCCUGCCCCUUGGAGGAGAGUGUGGUGGAAGCCUGUUGCUCAAAGUGAUGCUGAAAGAGCUUUGAUAGGACUCAGAAUUAUGGAAGGCAAACUUGGAACACAUGCUUAGGUUCAAUCAAAGUUACAGGAUCCUGUGGGGUCCUGUGGGAUGUGCUGGAGCAUGAAUGAAAACUUUCCUUUAAUCAAGAUUUACAUCUAGGCUGUUCUAGUGACACCAGGAGUGUGGGUGGGACAUGCACCUUCCGUGUCUUGGUUGUCACCAAGGAAACCAUGGAGACAAGGCACUCAUCCAUUGCAGCAGGGGUGAAGGAGCACCUCCUGUUCUCCACACACAGGCUCACCUCAUCCAUGUAGAGCACCACUGGUGGGCUUCAUUGCAAGUGCUGCAGACAGGAAAGAUGGUCAUAAUGGUCACAUAAAAAAGGUUCCAAGGGGUUAAUGCUGAGGAAAUGGUGGUCACUUUUACAGCUCCUAAUGGGACUUGAAAAUUACUCUAAAGAAAGGGGAAACUAUUUAAAUAUCACCCUGGAAGGAUGAUUCUACAAGUAGGACAGAUGAUCCUUUGAGGGAAAACCUAGCCUGAAUAUUUUAUUCAUUAUACAAUAAUUUUGUAGUAAUUCAGGUUCAUGAUGUCACUUUUGUCAAAUAUCAUAUGGCUUUACCCUUUGCCCUCUCCCUCCAGGCCAAAUAAUUAUUACUCUGAAAAAAACUGAAGCAUGCAAAGGCAAUGGGAAGCUCUAGGAUUACUUGUCCUCCUGCUCAGUCCCCAGUAUGGAAAACAAACAACCUAUCUAAUCAAUAUAGGAAGUAAAGUAAAGCCACAGGGAGAUUAGGAAACAUUUCCUAGCCUGGAAAGGUACGAAGGAGGCUCUUUUAUGGGUGUGCAGGGACAAAGCCCAUUUAUCAUGGUGAUAACACUGACAAAAUACUUGGCCAAAGUGUUCUCACCACUCCCCUAAGAGAUACAGAAAAUGACCUAUAGCUGAUUAGUCGUAAAUCUAUAUUUUUAAAUACUGAUGUGGGAAAACAGAUUCUCUUCAGAACUGGGGCUUUUAUUUUUGAGCUUUAUUUAUUUAACUUAUAAUAAUCAAAUAAUUAAUAUAUUUUCUCUGUUUUAUACGAAUUGGGCAAUAUCCCUCACAGCUGGCCACACGGUUGGGCAUUGUGACUCAUAUUGUCUGAAGUUAGGAAAAGGGAGUGCCAAUGAGGCAUGCUGGAAUAAUUCCCUCUCAUUCUAAGUGGCUGCAGAGCACUUUGGACCACACUGGCCCUGCAAUAGCAGCACUUCUGCUGCUUCCACUGGGGUUUGCACCAGUUCCCAGGGAGCAUUAGUGGGAUCUGCUUCCUGCCUUUGGGUUUGGACAUCAGGGUCAGUCACCAGUUUUCUCCUCUUGCAGCACUAAACUGCUGGAAAAGUUGUUUUGUUUGAGCUUGACUGUGGCCAGCAGCCCAGGGUUUGGCAUUGUUAGUACAGUUCAGGUAGGUGUACAAUGCCCAAAAAACCAUCUGUCAGGAAAAGCCUGGUACCGCUGUGGUGCCCAGAUUUAGCUGGCCAUGGCACUUCAGCACUCUCCAAGUUCCCUCAGUGGGAUGGCUCAGCCAUGUGCUGAGGUUUUGCUGGCUUCCUUUGACAAGCCUGGCGAUAACACUGUGUCUUGCUGCACAGGUGAUGGUCAGGUUACUGAGGAAUUACUGAUGUGACUCCAACUGUGUUUGGAGCUCCCAGGUACAGUUGUCUGCCCUGCCAGGGUUUAUGGACCUGCCAGAGCCAUGGCUGUGCAUCCACUGAGACCAGGCUGGAUGGGCCCUACUGGCCAAGGAGAGCAGCCAGCUACAGCUGGGCAGAAGUGAAAAACUGCUGGGGAGAAGAGGUGGCACCAUGAGUGUUUGGGCUCUCCCUCCAAACCAGCUUCCAGAGGAGCACUGAGAUCAGAACAAGCAAGUUGCUUCACUGUUGAGUUUUCUGCUCCCAGCCCAAGCAGCCUACUUUACUUCAUGGGGCCAGGGACAGGUUUAGCUCCUGGGGCUGGUUCAGCACCCCUCUGUUGUUUUUUCACACAGCUCUUGUGGCUGUGGACUGGCUGAACUGACAUUUCAUUUCUGCAGGUCCCCAGGGCAGGUGCUCUGCUGGCUGCCUUGCACACGGCAGAUCUGCACACCCCUGGGCUGCCAGGAUGGCCUGGAGGAGGUGGCAUCAUGCCAGCACAGUCCCAUGGGAUGGGGACACCAAAGCUUAGAUGGCCUCUGACAGCAGUCAGCUCCCCAACAUGCAUUGCAAGGUCAUAGAUGGUUCCUUGCUGGGAUGUUCAGAGGUACCUGGACCAGAAAUCUCUGUGCCUGUCCCCAAGGUGAGCCUGUCUCUGGGACAGCUCCCCAAAGGCCUGUGCGCCCAGGCUGGCUGUGCUGCAGUGAAUCUGGGGGCUGGCAGAACAGUGUUUGGUGCUGCCCUGACAGGGGUACCAUGCAAAGCCCCCAGGGAGGAGGCACCUGCUGAGUGCUCCAGCAGCCAGCUGAACAUCAGUGGGUAGCAUGGGGGACAUGUGCCUCCUUUAGAAAUGUGUAUCAGCUAUCAACUUUGCCUCAAAAGAUAUAUUAAAUAAAUACUAUAUAUAUUAUACAGGCCUCACUGCAGUUUGUGGCUUUAAAUAGUGGCCAAUGAAGCAUAUUUUUUCAAAUACAGAAGUUGUAUUUUUUAUAGCAAUGCUUUGUGAGGGGGAAGACUUAGCUUUAUGUUUUUAACUUCAGCAUAAAUCUUAGUUUGUCUUUCCUGAGAGACCUGGUAGAAAUUGUCUCCUGCUUGUCCUAAAACCUGAUCAAAGCCAUCCUGACCUCCUAAAACUUGUGUAUGUAUGGAAGUGUAAUGCAGCUUUGGAUGCUCCCCUCCCAGAUCCUGGAGAAGGAUUGAUUACCAUUUGUGCAACGCUGUCUUACUUGCAGAAAAUGGAGAAAGAUGCCCCAGUAAGGGAGGUGGUUUAUUGGAAGGCAAGGCACAUCCACUUGCCUGAACCAGGCUGAUCACAUAGCCAGGGAUUUUAAUGCCAGUUGCAGCAGUUUACAUUUCCGUGCCCAAAGGCCGGCCCUCCACACCUUGGAGCUGGGUUUGUAGUUCUGCAGAGAGGAGAGCUCAAUAAUGAACCCCAUGUUCCUGGACCAGCACUUUAUACCCCAUCUGUGCAGGAUGACAGGCUGCAAACUGGCAGCAGAUUUGGAGAAUGGCUCAGAGCAUGGGCUACCAAAGCAGUUAAACCCCUGUGAAGCUCUGAGCUGACUCCCUGUCCUGUUGGCACCCAUGCUGCAGCCCUGUGUUUGUUCAGGGCAUCAAUCAUGUCAAAGGUUUAUUGCAGGCAAAGAAUGGAGUAUAAUAUGAAAUGGGUUACCUCCACCAACAUGGAAUGCAAUUGUGCAAGGUAAAUCAAGCAACUUACCUUGUGAUAACUUCAUAUUGUCCUAAUUAAUCAUAGGAAAUGUUCUCUUCCUCUAGUAUCACACAGCUUCUAAAACAAAGAGUUAUAAAUACAUUGUUUUCUACCAGUUCCAGUGCUCAGCAUGGUUAGCAGAGAUUGCAGAUUAACAAAUGGCUGCAGAUCUGCCUGGUGGGGGAGAGUUCAUGCUCUCUGCAAGUUGCAUUGGAUAAACCUCAGUGCUCACUAAUUUUAAAGCAGAGAAUUAAUGGAAAGCUGGUUAAACAGGACUCUCAUGUACUCACUGUACAUUUUAAUCCUAAAUGAGAAACAUAAUAAUUGUGUUGCUUUUUCCUUUCCCCGCGGAUAAUAUUUGCAGCUGAUGGAUUUUAUUUUAUUGCUUAUUUAAAUUCCAGUGUUCUCGGCUUCCAUCCCUUUUCUGUCCCCCAGGAUAAAUGAUGCAGUGGGGGUUAUUUUCUUUCUCUCAUGGACUCCUUGGACUAGAUUUUCCUACAAAUGUGCAGGCAAUUUGUUUUGGCCAAACAGUAAGUGAAUGCAGCAGUGCAAAUGGCCUUCAUUCCAGAGGAGGACAAGGGGCUGGGCAUGCAUGCAUGAGAGUAGAAAGAUGUAUAAGUCAAAAAAAUUCAAAAUAAAGAGGCUAACUUGCAGGGGAGGCCAGAUGCCCCUAAAAUGAUCUAAAAACUAUGAAGGCUUCUCCACAGUUACAGAAAUCAGGCCAGAUAUGGUGUACAUUAUUUGUGAAAGAAGAUAAUGGUCAGUCUAACUUAUUAAUUAAGCAAUUUAGAAUAUUAUUAUAUGGUCUUUUGCCCCACUUGUCCUCCAGCUCAUUGAAACAGCUGGUGUAUGCUUAAGUCUCUUCAAUCUUUAUGUGAUUAAGUUGACCAAGUGCUCAGUUUCUAUCUUUCAUAUAUGCAAUUAUGCACAAUCUUUCAAAAAAUUAGCCCUUAGAGGGCUUUUCCCCCAACCUUCAGUCUCUUGCAGCAAUUUCAAAAUGCACCAUUUUGCUUUCAUGUCCAUUUAAACCCAGCAGCAAAAGAGAAAAAAAAAUAAAAAAGAAAAAAAACAGCGCUUGGCAUUCACUGGUGUUUUAAUGUGGCAAAGUUGCUUCAGGUAACCUUGAUAACUUUGUGCAAAAGUUCAUUGCCAUGUUUGUACUGACUUGCUGAGAAUUUUUUCUUCUGGAAAAUACCCCCAGUGGUAUCCUCUGUAAAAGUUACAGCUGUAACACAACUAUAUUACUGUAGAAAUCUCUGCCUGAAGUGGAUGUCACGCUGCGUGUUUCUCUCAUGCAGGAGUUGUUUGCAUUGCCUGUUGUUCAUAUGGUUCUUAUUUCUGUAUCUAAUUUUUUUAAUUAGCUGUGCAUAUCUUUUUAAGAAAGAAAAAAAUCAACCAAACAAAAACAAAACCACAAGAAAACAGCCCGUGGAUUAGAAAUAUUUUAAAAAUAAAUUCACUCUUAGCAGUAGCUGGAUGUAUGUCAGUGAUGCAGGAAUUUGCAAAGUCUUUGCUUUUUUCACGGUGGGAUUUAUGGCUAGAUUUCACAUCAAGGAGUUAUGCUCGAAGUCUUUGCAGAAGAAAAUGUAUGUAAAUGUCUAUUUUAUAUAAAAAGUAAGAAAAGUA